AUGGUGAGAACUCCAUGCUGUGACAAGGCUGGACUGAAGAAGGGUACUUGGACUCCAGAUGAAGAUAGAAAGUUAAUAGCUUAUAUCACCCACUACGGGUGUUGGAACUGGCGUCAACUUCCCAAGUAUGCAGGUUUAUCAAGGUGUGGGAAGAGUUGUAGAUUGCGGUGGAUGAAUUAUCUACGACCAAACAUCAAAAGAGGGAACUACAGCAAAGAAGAGCAAGAUCUCAUCAUCCAAUUACAUAAGUCUCUAGGAAAUAGAUGGUCAAUCAUUGCAGCCCAUUUACCAGGAAGAACAGACAAUGAGAUUAAAAACCACUGGCAUACCUACCUCAAGAAACGCUCAAAGCAAAACUCAACUUGCGAUGAACCAAAAGUGAGCUCCGACGAUCAUUCUCACGGUGAAACCAGCAGUACUGAUCAACCAUCUCCUUUAAACCCUGAAAAUCACCGAAUCCUUGAAAGCUGCCCAUUGUCUCCACAACUAGUUUCUGGUGAAUUUUCGACUUCAACCACAGAUUCUGCCGGAGAAAACGGCAGAGAGUUAGGCCGAGAUGAUGAUGUUUCUCCGGCGGAAAUAUUUGCAGAACCGGUCGGAGAUUUUUGGACAGAACCAUUUUUGGAAGACGAUUACAACAGCAUGAACGACUUCGUGGCGCCAUUUGUAGAUCCUGGGCUUUUGUAUCCACCUUCUCCGAUUACUGGGGUGGAAUUUUCAUGCUCAGAUGGUUUGUAUAAUGAUCAGAAUUACGCCUUAAACUGGUAA